GGGGAUCAGCCGCGGCCUGGCAGUGGCAAGUGGCAACACUGGCGCGCAGUAAACACACGGGCUGUGCAGGAGUUGGCAGGUCAGAUUCCAUCAGCAGACACCAGCUUAUAAUGCAUAAGAUCUUCCUGGCUCAAAAAGGAAUACUACAUGUGAAUUUGAUAAAUAAAAAUAUUUGCAAAGGGGCAACAUCUUUACAGUCCCCAGUUGUGUUCUGUCGAAAAAAAUGUGAUCGUCAAUUUGCUACAUUGUGUAAAGCUUCUGCCUCUAUGAAAGAAAAACAGUCUUUUGGAGGUGAAUGCAACUACAACCUUGAUAUUUUGAAGAAAAGUUUACGACCGAAGUUUAGGCAUAUCACCCGAAGCAGUGCAUCAGACACCAGCAGUAGCGCAGAGAAUGACAACCAACAGAAAAUGGACCUCAACUUUGAUGCCCUGGGAGCCUGGGAUCAUCGCAUUGACCUUCCCAUUCUCAUGGAAGCAAGCAUCAAGCAAGGGGAACCAAUUCCUUUGAUUCUUGCCUCUCAUGUGGGAUGUUCAAGCAUCUUGGGCAAGCGGACCUACCAGGAGGACAGGUACGUCGUGGAGGACCUGCCCAACAACAUCUUGUGUGCUGCUGUUUUUGAUGGCCAUGGAGGGGCCGAGUGCUCAGAAUACUGCGCACGUAACCUCAAGGGUGUUUUAUUGGAGGAGCUAGAACAUCAAAAGGAUCUGGAGGCUGUGCUUCAUCACACCUUCCUUAAGCUGCACACAGGCUAUGCCCAGUGGACCAAGACUCAUAAUGCAGGACACAGGGCAGGCACCACAGCUGCUGUCACUCUGCUGCGGGGAGGAGCGGAGCUCGCUGUGGGCCACGUGGGAGACUCCCGGGUAAUUCUGUGUCGCCUUGGAGGGUCAAGGGAGCUCACACAAGAUCACUGUCCAUCACGCUUAGCUGAAAAAGACCGCAUCAUAAAAUCCGGUGGUAGGGUGAGUGUGGACAACAUUGGCCGCCACAUGGUGAAUGACAAGUUAAGUAUGUCACGGAGCAUAGGUGACCUCCACCUCAAGAAGUAUGGAGUGAUUGCUCUCCCAGACACCAGGACUAUGAGAAUUACGCAUGGCAAGGAUGCAUUUUUGCUUCUCAUCACCGAUGGAAUAAACUUCGUGUUGCAAUCCAAGGAAGCAUGUGAUGUUGUCAACCAGGCAGAAGACCCAUAUCAAGCUGCCCAGCAGCUGACUGAGCAGGCACUGAGCAUGUCCUCUGAAGACAACAUGACGGCCCUGGUGGUGCCCUACGGUUCGUGGGGGAAGUACACCCAGUCAGCCUCAAUGUUCUACUCCUUUGGUAUUGGAAGAGACAUGAACAAGAGCAGCAGGUUUGGGUGAAGGACAACACUCGGAUGGAUUCUCACCAUUACCAACAUUAUGUGGUUGUGUUUUAGGAAAUUCCAAAGUUUGUGAUAGUAUGAAUUGAAUUGUAUAAAGUUGUAGAAACUAAGAAACUAAUCUUUUUCUAGAAGUUAGUUAUAUGAAGACUGUGAGCACUAAUGGCAAUAAGUGUCCUCUGUUUUUUUUUUACCUAUUACAAGAGAUAUUAGUAAAUAUAAAUCUUGUCCAGUUUUCAUCUACAGUCUAAGCUAUUAAUUAAAUAAAUUACAGCCAAAGAGAUUAUUAAAAAUAAAUAAAAAUUAUGUACAAUUCCAGAAACAAAAACAGGUUUCUAUACAGCUGUGUAUUCUCAUUGCUCACUACUCUAGUCUUGUGUUGUAUGGAAGUAAAUUAGGUGCUCAUGUUUUGUUUGCACAAUUAGUUUGGAGACUUGAACUUUGUUUUGAGCAAAAGUUGAGUUAUCACAAUAACUUAUCUGUAACUCAGAACAGAUCUCUCUGCAUGGCAAAAUCAGUAUAUAAAAAAAAUGUCAUGCCUUAUCAAAAUUCUUCAGAGAAAAAUACUCACUUUAUACUUCAGACUUUGCUGAUGCAACCAAGUUCAAAUGCUGCUGUAAUACUGCCUACAAUUUUCUAAAUGUAUAAAUGUUGUAACCUCAAAAGUAAAUUUUUUAAUAUUUGCAAAUUAUAUCAAUGAAAUUUUUUCAGUGCCAUUCAUAACUACAUUAUACCAAUUUUAACCCCUCAAGUGCUGGAGUAUAGCAGGCCUUGUCACCCGUAGUGCCAGGCAUUUUCGUAAAUAAACUGGUGGGGCAAUGACUAUUGUUAGUGGCCAUAAAAGAACCCACUUUCACUAUUUCAGGGAAGAACGUAAUAAUUUUGGUUGAGGUGUGGGUUGAAUUUUUGUGUGCCAUCUCAUUCUACUUUAUUGCCUGUUUUGGGGGUCGAGGGGAAAGGUUUAUGGGUAGGCCACUUGGGCUUGGAAUGAAUGGUUGAUGUUUCAGUGAGUCCACACUUCUCAUGAUUUAUAGGGACGAAGUACCAUGAGGUGAGAUCACAAGAAAUGUGCCAGUGAAACAAUGGAAUAAUAGUCUAAAGUGUUUUGGGAGUUGCUCUGAUGUAGUCAGUUACAAUUUCCAAGUCAGUUUCAUGUAGUACAAUUACCAAACCUAUUUCAGACUAACAAUUCAAUGUACAAAUAAUAAGCAGUAAAAAGUACAAAAACAA